AUGUUUCAUAGAUAUAUUGCACAAGCACUGAAUAAACCACUUCUACGAUUGUUUUCAACGCGUUCCAGAGUUUUAACCCUUUUUGAUGAAAAAUGUCGAUCUUGUGGGAUUAAAUUACAACAAGAAUCACCGGAUAAGCCAGGAUUUUUCAAACUUGGUACUUCAAUAGAUCGAAAGAAACCAAAAUAUAUAUCUGAAGCCAAUCAGAAAUAUAAUCAAUUUUUGUCUAAAUUAGAUGUGUCAGAUAGAGAUUUAUUGAUUAAUAAUUUCAAUGUUCCAAAAAAUAUAGCCACCAAACCAAUAUCUUUAACUAUCUCUAAACAAGAAGAGAAUCCUACUGUUAUUGAAAAAGAUGAAGAUAUACAUUCAGAUACAAAUCCAGCAGAAUUACUUGAGAGUGAUUAUACCUGUAUAAGAUGUCGUGAUAUUCAUCAUCGUUCAAAAUUCACUAUGAAUGCAAAAGAAUUUGUUAUUGAUGAGUUGGAUAAAGUUCUUUCAACAAUUCCUAAUGAUUCCCCAUUGGUUUACGUAUUUAGUGCAUUGGAUUUCCCUAUGGGUAUCAAUCCAGAGAUUUUUGAACAUAGAGAUCCAAAGGAUUUAUAUUUCAUCAUGACAAAAACUGACAACUUAUUUCCCAAAUCAAGUGGAUCACAUCAUGAUUAUUGUAAGACAUUUUUAAAUGAUUAUUUGGGUAAGAAAUAUAAUGUACCACCGGAAAAUAUCUUUAUUGGUUCAGGAAAGAAACGUUGGAGAGUUAAACGAUUGUAUGAAUUUAUUCCUAAUUAUAGUUAUUUCAUUGGUCAUACCAAUUGUGGUAAAUCUACCUUGAUUAAAAGUAUUAAAGUCGCAGAAGAAUUGAAAAAAUUUCCUGGCACUUCUCAUAAGAAAGAUUUCGGUAAAACUGAUAAAUUAAUUGAUAAAUCAUUUGCUAAUGUCGGACCCGGAGUUUCUCAUUUACCUGGUUUCACUCGUGAUAUUAUGCCAGUAUAUAUCAACGGGAAUAAAACCAUUUAUGAUGUACCUGGAUUUACAUCAAAUACAUACUUGAGAAAUAUUUAUGAAAAAUUGGAUAGUAAAACCAUUGCACAUUUGUUUAGAGGGAGUUUGGCUCAAAAAAAGGCAACUUAUAAAUCACAAUAUAUCACGGUGAAAGGACCAAAUGUAUUAAGUAUUGAAGGAAUUGGGUUUUUGGAAUUUCCUGAAAACACGAUGUAUCAAAUUAGAAAUUCUACUGAUCUUAAGUUGCAUGUAUUUAGGGAUAUUACAAAAGUUGAAUCGCUUCUUUAUGAUGUUCCCAAAUCGUUGUACCCUGUUUUCUUACUUCAAGAUCAAACUCCGGAGUUGUCCCAAUUUAAUCGAUACCUUGUUCCACCAUUUUAUGGUAUAGUAGACUUGGUGUUGGAAAACAUUGGAUAUAUCAAUAUCAAACCUGUUGGAGCUAAAAAGACCAACAGCUUAGUCAAGUUUUAUUUGCAUCCAAGUAUUAAUACAAUUAUCAGACAACCUAUAAUGAACUACAUCAAUAAAACAUUUACAGGACAAGACGAAAAGGGAAAUCCUUUACCUAAACGUGAUUGGAAUCGUCUUAGUACAUUCUAUUUGAGUAGAUACACAAAUGAGGAUCCAUUCUAUAGUAAAUUGAUUCCUACUACAAAAGCUGACGUAAAUGAAUACGAACAAGUUAAUUCAUUCGUAUCAAAUGGUCGUGAAUACAAUCUGGAGUAUGCACUUACUUCGGAUAACAAGUUUGACUUCUGGAAAGAGUAG